UCUCUCUCUCUCUCUCUCUCUCUCUCUGACUAGGACUCUCUCUUACUGAAGGUUCUUGUUUCGACCCUUUGGUUCUUUGCUUUCAAUCAGUCAACUGGUCUGAAAUUGUUGAUUGAGCGGAAUGGAGUCUGCCUCCGCCGCACCGUCUAAUGAACACGCUUCUACAACCGGGUCUAAUGCUAAUAAUUCAUCACAUGAUCCGGCACGGGAUCAUCUAACUGAAGAGAACAGAAGGAUACCUGAUACACAACCAAACCAACACCUUUCAGAGAAUUCACCGCCAAAAACAAUGUCGUCUCAUAACAUCCUUGAGACUCAACAGCAACAACAACAACCACCUGAUGUGGAACACAAUGAUGGGGACUAUGAGACUAUUACUGAAGUUGGAUGGUAUAUUCUUGGUGAUAAUCAACAAAAUGUUGGCCCUUAUGCCUUUUCAGAGUUGCGUGAGCAUUUCGUAAACGGGUACCUCUCCGAAAGUACACUUGUCUGGGCAGAAGGAAGAAGUGAAUGGCAACCAUUGUCUUCAAUCCCUGGGUUGCUGACUGGAAUUUCUCAGCAGGGAGCUGGUUAUUCAACGACAUUGCAUUCCAACGAUGAUGAGUAUGAGAAAUGGCAGGAGGUGGUUAGAGAGGCAGAAGCAGCAGCAGAGGCGGAUGAGUUAAAGAACGAAUUUCUUUCUGGCAAUGUUGGUGGUGACUCAGGGGAAUUUGAUCUUGAUAGACCUUCGACGCCACCAGAGGGUGAGGAAGAGUUCACUGAUGAUGAUGGGACCGUGUACAAGUGGGAUCGGGGUCUUAGAGCAUGGGUUCCUCAGGAUGACACACUCAGCAGAAGCGAGCUAUAUGGACCAGAAGAGAUGACCUUUUUGCAAGAAGAGGAAGUCUUUCCAAAUUUUAGUGUUCCUGAUGCCCCGGUGAAAGAAGUUAAUGAAACAGUAAUCACUUCUGAUGCCCCUGGAAAGGAAGAAGUUAAUGAUGCCAGUGAGAUAUUGGGAACAAUGCAAAAUGGCAAGAGAAAAUUACCAGACAAGGAAGCAGAGAAAAAGGAAGCUAAUAAACCUCCCGAUAGCUGGUUUGAAUUAAAAGUGAAUACACAUGUUUAUGUGACUGGGCUUCCUGAAGAUGUUACCAUUGAUGAAGUAGUGGAGGUAUUUUCCAAGUGUGGGAUAAUAAAGGAGGAUCCUGAAACAAAAAGACCACGUGUGAAGCUAUAUGUUGACAAGGAGACAGGAAGGAAAAAGGGAGACGCACUAGUUACGUAUCUGAAGGAACCAUCUGUUGCUCUAGCUGUCCAAAUUUUGGAUGGAGCACCUCUACGUCCUGAUGGCAAGGUCCCUAUGUCAGUCACCCUGGCUAAGUUUGAGCAGAAAGGGGAUAAAUUUCGUGCCAAACAAGUUGACAACAAGAAGAAGAAGAAGCUGAAGAAGGCAGAAGAGAGGAUGCUUGGCUGGGCUGGUCGUGAUGAUGCAAAGGUCUCAAUUCCUGCUACUGUUAUUCUUCGUUACAUGUUCACUCCUGCUGAAAUGAGGGCUGAUGAAAAUUUGCAUUUAGAUUUAGAGGCAGAUGUUAAGGAGGAAUGCACAAAGCUUGGUCCAUUGGACUUGGUCAAGGUUUGCGAGAAUCAUCCACAAGGUGUUGUUUUGGUAAAAUUCAAGGAUAGGAAGGACGCUCAAAAGUGCAUUGAAACAAUGAAUGGAAGAUGGUUUGGUGGUAGACAGAUACAUGCCAGUGAGGAUGAUGGUUUGGUCAACCAUGCUCUGGUGCGGAAUUUGGAUGAGGAUGCUGUACGGCUGGAGCAGUUUGGUGCUGAGCUUGAAGCUGAAUAAGUUGGUAUCAGUGCUGCAAAUUUACUAUGUAUUCGCGAAGGACUAAUUCUUGUUGUGUAGAAAUCACUUGAGGAUGAUAAUGGUGCUUUAAGAUCCACAUUAUCCUAUGACCUCUGUUAAUAUAGGUUUUACGAUAAAAAAAAAAUGACCAUCUGUAAAGAAAGUGUUGAUAUUUGGCACUUUUUUAGUGAGCUAUGAGAUGUUGAAGUUUGAUAGUUACCCUUCCUUUCUUUUCUUUUCUUCUGUUUUUUUUUUGGUUGUGCUGAAUGAUAGUUAUCCUUUAUUUAGGGACCAAAGCUGUUCACUGAUGAAUUUUAGUAAGCUACUUAGAACUAUUAUUUAUCCCAC